GGGUGAACGUGAAGUUGUCUGCAUCCAUGUUGGUCAAGCUGGUAUCCAAAUGGGAAACGCGUGUUGGGAACUGUUUGGUAUGGAACAUGGCAUUCGACCGGAUGGACUUAUGUUGGAUGGCUAUUUUCCAUCUGACAACUCGUUUCGAACAUUUUACUCUGAGACUGGCCACGGAAAAUUCGUGCCCCGAACUGUGUUUGUGGACUUGGAACCAACGGUUGUAGAUGAGGUUCGAACCGGUUAUUAUCGAAUGCUUUUCCACCCGGAGAAUUUGGUCAGCGGAAAAGAGGAUGCAGCAAACAAUUACGCUCGCGGAUAUUAUACAACCGGUGCUGAAAUGCUGGGCUUAGUCAUGAACCAGAUCCGGCUUGUGGUAGACCAAUGUCACAUGCUUCAAGGGUUCAUUAUUUUUCAUUCCCUCGGCGGUGGAACUGGAUCAGGUUUUGCGUCCCUACUCAUCAACCAAAUGACUCAGGAUUAUCGAAAGAAAACCAAAAUUGAGCUUGUGGUUUAUCCCGCUCCGAGACUGGCCAGCUCGGUUGUCGAACCCUAUAAUUCCGUCCUCGCUACCCAUGCCUGCAUUGAGGAUUCGGAGGUGGUGUUUUUAAUGGACAAUGAAGCAGUGUGGGACAUCUGUCGCCGUAACCUAAACAUCCGACGUCCAUCCUUCACAAAUAUUAACCGAAUUCUCGCACAAGUUAUCAGCUCACUGACUGCGGCAUUAAGAUUCCACGGAUCCCUAAAUGGUGACCUGACGGAAUUUCAAACCAAUCUGGUCCCAUAUCCACGAAUUCACUUCCCAUUAAUCACAUUUAACCCAAUUGUGUCUGCCGAAAAAGCGUAUCAUGAGCAAAACACUGUGGAUCAGAUAACACGCUCGUGUUUUGAGCCAGCGAAUAGUUUUGUCAAAAUCGACCCUAGACAAGGUCUUUACAUGGCCAUUUGUAUGCUCUACCGUGGCGAAGUGGAUCCGAAUUCUGUUAACAGUUCCAUACAAGGAGUCAAGUCCAGUCGCUCUAUAAGGUUUGUUGAUUGGUGUCCAACAGGCUUCAAAGUUGACAUAAACUCACAACCAAUGCUAGCUGUACCUCGGUCCGAACUGGCCAAAGUACUCCGGAGUUGUUGUAUGCUAGCCAACAGCACCGCGAUCGCGGCAGCAUUUGUACGUUUGGACCACAAGUUUGAUUUAAUGUACCACAAACGCGCAUUUGUCCAUUGGUAUGUCGGUGAAGGUUUGGAAGAGCAAGAAUUUCAUGUAGCCCGCGAAGACCUGGGAGCCUUGGAGAAAGAUUAUGAGGAAGUUGGCUUGGCAACCAAGCCUUGAACUGUCUAAUUGAUUUCGUUUAUCAUCGUCUUGAUUUCGGUUUGCAGACCGACUCUUCUCCUUUCGCUUUCAGUGAAUAACAGUCAUUUUGCUGAGUUAAUUUGAGCCAAUACUUUCGUAGAAUCAUACAGCAGAUUUAUUUUGAUAUCCGUUAACGGGUUUAUACAAUAACUAAAAUACCACGGUUUACCA